CCUAAAUUAGAAUUCCUCGACUAUAUCGAAUCUAGGAACAACAAACGAGGCCUCUGUUCUCUCACCCUCACCCAAUUCAUCAUCCUUUCCAUUCCAUUCCAGAUUCACCAAAAUAAACACAGCUCGACCUGUUAGUUCAUUCUCAUCAGUAAGAUUUCAAUUGGCUUGUAAAGGAAUGGAGGAAACUAUUGGAGACGAAGAAGAACUCAAAGUGGGAAUGCAAGUACACUCUGAUGAUGCGGCUUACAAUUUAUAUAACACCUAUGCUGUGAGGAAGGGUUUGAGUGUUCGUAAUGGACAUAUUUGAAGAGAUGCAUCAAAUGAAAUCCGUCAACGAGAAUUUCUGUGUUCAAAGGAGGGGUUUACAAGAGACGAGGAUGUAUUUCAACCAAACAAACACAGGAAGUUAGAAACAAGAGUGAGUUGUAAGGCUAUGAUAUCAUUUACAAUGAAAGAUGGAAUAUGGACAGUAUCGCAGAUCAAUUCAGAUCAUAACCAUGAGCUUGCAAAGCCCGACGAAAGGCAGUUUUUGAGAUCAGGGUGAAAAGUAACAGGUGCUUGUGGAAAUAUUUUUACUUUUAUGUAUGAUGCGGGCAUAGGACCAAAGAAAUCAUUUUUCUACAUAGCAAAUGAAGUGGGUGGUUCGGAAAAUGUUAGGUGCACUAAGAAGGACGUCUAUAACUACUUGCAAAGGAAAAAGAAUGAAAUGUUGGAAGCAGGUGAUGCACAGAGUUUGCUGAAUCACUUUAAGCGCAAACAAGGUGAGGAUCCUUACUUUUUCUACUCAAUGCAAUUGGACCAAUAUAGCUGAAUGACGAAUUUCUUUUGGAGGGAUAGCAGAGCAAAGCUUGAUUAUGAUUGUUUUGGGGAUGUUAUAUGCUUUGACACAACAUUUCGUAUGAACAAGUAUAAUUUGAUCUGUGCACCUAUAGUUGGAGUUAAUCAUCAUUGGAGAAAUGUUUUUUUAUUGGAUGAGACUACGGAGUCAUUUGUUUGGUUGUUUGAGUCAUUUUUGGAGUCAAUUAUGGGAAACAAAGCACCAAAAACUGUUUUCACAGAGGAAGAUAAAGCAAUGGCAAAUGCAAUUGAAAUAGUGUUUCCAAAUGCAUGUCAUCGAUUGUGCACUUGGCAUAUUGCCAAGAAUGCCAGCAAGAGAAUUGCUAGUAACCUUGGAAAUCCUGAGUUCAAGAAACAGUUCAACCAUUGUUUACAUGGAUGUAGUACUAAAGUUGAAUUUCGAGUUUCAUGGGAUAGCAUGAUUACUAGAUAUAAUCUUGGAGAUCAUACUUGGCUUACAAAGUUGUAUUCACUUCGACAAAAGUGGUGUCCAGCAUUUAAUUUGGAUAUUUUUUCAGCAAAGAUUAGAUCAACUCAAAAAGGAGUGAAAGUACAAACAAUGUGUUCCAUGGAAUCUCUACACACACAAUGGAGCUCAUUAAAUUUGUUCAUCACUAUGAGAAAAACAUUGAAGAGAAUCGUUUAGCAGAGUUGGAAGAUGACCAAUGUUGCAAAAAUGGUGCACCACGUCCAAAAGUAUGGAGUAAAAUGUUAAGGAGUGCAGCCAAGGGUUAUUCUAACAAAAUGUUUCAACUUUUUGAAACAGAAUUCUAUGGCUGUAUGGGAGUUAGACUAAAAGAAGUUUCCAGCCGGGAUGGAGUUUAUAUAUAUCAAGCCAUUGAAGAUGGUCGUCAAAGUGUGCACAAGAUUGAAUAUAAUUCUACAUCCUUGAACAUUAAUUGUUCUUGUGAGUCAUUUGAGUCGCUUAGAAUCUUGUGUUGUCAUGCUUUGACGGUGUUUGAUAUGAAUAAUAUCACUACUUUAGCCACUCAGUAUAUCUUGAAGAGGUGGACUAAAGAAGCAAAGAAAGGGAUUGUGGUUAGCAAUAAUACAUGUGGAGGAACAAGUGAGAAUUCAAAGUCUGCUAGAGUGUUGCGCCUUAGCGAAUUGAUGCAUGAAGGAAAUAGUGUGUAUGACAUAGCCUCACUGACCUGUUCAGGUACUGAAAUUGUCAAGGAUCUGUUAAAAGAGGCAAUGAAGAGCCUUGAAAAAGAUAAGGACACUAUCUACGUGUUGGAAAAUUUGAAGAAACUUGGUGACCAAUCUAACUCUGGCAUUCCUAGUAAUGAGAUACUAGUUUUGAAUCCACCAAGUGCAAAGACUAAAGGAAUGAAAAAUGCUAGAAUCAAAGACGUGAGGGAGAUAAACCAAUGGAAGAAGAGAACAAAAGCUGAAAUUUUUAUUGAUGCAGAACAAGAAAGCCAAGAAAACAAUGAUCCAAAAGCUCCAAAUCAUGUGUCUACAUCUAAUCAUCAAUUUGGUAUACUUAACACCUCAUUUUAUAAUCAGGGAAUUUUAAGUUGGCCUUUUGGACAUCCCAAUCCAUUUUUUAGCUAUGGUCAGAUACCUUUCUCAAACCAAAAUUCAACUUACUCAACUACAAGUCUGAAUCUUGCACCAACUACAACUCUAACUACAAAUACUACACUCAGACAACAACCUCAGUGAAGUCAGGUUGUGUUUUUAUAUUAUCUCCUUAAGUUGAUGACAUGAAACUCAAUUACAUGUAUGAGUUAGUGAAGUUAUAUUGUGCAGGUUUAAAUGAUGCAGUACUAAGAGGAUCUCUUUUGUUAGACUUGAAGACAAGUUUGGGACUGAUUUUGAUUAAACUUGUCCCCCAUUUGUGCUACAUAUAAUUUAAUCUCUGUGAGAUAUGGUUUGGAGAACAUGAACAAUAUUUCAAACCUAGUUUUUGAGACAUGUACAUCUGACAUUUCAUUUUGUAAGGUUCUUUUACAAAAACAUGUGCUGCAAGAUUGUGUAGUUUGGUUCCAUGUAACUUUCAAUUUAUCAGUUCCCCCUUGAAUGAUACUGAUGAUAUAAGUCAACUAGUUUUAACUUCUUAUUUCAUGAUGCAAGUAUUUGUUGCGGUUUAUAUAUGUGCAGCUUCAACUGAGGGAACACCCUCCACUGAUAUGACUAUUUUGAUCAACUGUUGCGUUUUGCUGAGCGUUUUGCUGAACAGUAUGUCUGGGCUGCAAUUACUCUUCUACUUUCCAUUGGCUGCAAUGGCUUUUGUUU